AUGGGGAGAGGGAAGAUCGCGAUCAAGAGGAUCGACAACACGACGAACCGGCAGGUGACGUUCUCGAAGCGGCGGGGCGGGCUGAUGAAGAAGGCCAGGGAGCUCGCCGUCCUCUGCGACGCCGACGUCGGCCUCAUCGUCUUCUCCUGCACCGGCCGCCUCUACGACUUCGCCAGUUCAAGCAUGAAAUCAAUAAUAGAGCGGUACCAGGAGGCAGGAGAGGAGCAUUGUCGGCUGCUGAAUCCAACGUCCGAGGCAAAGUUUUGGCAGAGGGAGGUUACAACUUUGAGGCAGCAAGUGCAAAACUUACACCAAAACAACAGGCAAAUUUUGGGAGAGGAACUUUCAAACUUCACAAUUAGAGAUCUGCAGCUUCUCCAGAACCAAGUUGAGAUGAGCCUACAUUCAAUAAGAAAGACAAAGGAUCAACUUUUGGCAGAGGAGAUUCUAGAACUCAACCAAAAGGGAUCUGUUGUCCAAAAGGAGAAUAUUGAACUUCGCAAGAAGUUCGACAUUGCUCACCAGCACAACAUAGAAUUACACAAGAAGCUUAAAUAUGGAGAAAGCUCGUCAGGUGAGCAAGCUACCAGCACAAACUCAAAGGAUCCUGGAGAAUCGAGUACACGCCGUGAUUCACAUGUGCAUAUUGAUCUUGAAAUGAGCCAAAAGGGGCUUGAGGAUGAAUAACACAGGAUCAAGUUUCAAACAUAGUGAGGAAUUGCUUAACGAUGCAUACAUGUUCGAUCCCAUGAUGGCCAGUAGUAACUUUUGGCAGUUUCAAGCCUAAUUAGUAAACUACAAAAGCAAAGAGAGAUCGGGCGCCGGUACUGGAAUCAAGGGGCAUUAACUAUGUUUUGAAACUUUAUUAGUAUAAUACAUUGAUCGUACUAUAAUAAUGAUGUGUACACCUCUGAAAAUAUUGUUACUGCAUGUGACUUUGUAGCUGCUAAAAAU